AUGAUAUGGGGGUCGGCAGGGGUCGAUUCUGCCAGUGUCAAGAGGAUGAUUGAUGAGGAUACGGGAUCUGGUGACAUGUGCAUGUUGUACGAAAUUCAGGCCCGGUCAGAGCUCGGUCACGACCGUCUCGGUCGUGAGGCCGUCGCGGACCGCGGCCGCCGUCGGGCGCGCGGACGGGUCGAGGCGCAGCAUGGCGCGGCACGCGCCGGCGACUUCGGCGUUGGCGGCGUGGCGCGCCACGAGCGCGCCCAGCGCCGUCGCGCCGUCGGCGAGGGCGUCGACGAUCGGCGCCAGGACGCCGCAAAAAUGGGCGUGCGCGUCCGCGCCGUCGUCGGCGCGGCGGUCCUGCAUCAAGGUGCCCCGCUUGUACUCCGUAUUGUAGGCCACGAACCACAGGGCGUCAAAGUCCGACGUGCCGAUGAGGACCUGUGCGCAAAUCAAUCAGUCUCUCGGCGAACGCGCGGCCGUGCUGGCCGAAUCGGUCGGUGAGAGACCACACCGCCACGCCGUCGUGCUGACGUCGCGUCGAUGGCGUGGCGGCCGCGAUUCAGCGGUGGCGGAGACGCGCCGCGACAAUUUGAUUUAUGCGAUGAUCAGCACCUCGAGGGCCAGCACGCCCGCGCUCCAGACGUCGGCCGGCGGGCCGUCGUAGCCCUCAGGAUGGAGCAUUUCCGGCGCGAAGAAGCCCAGGCUCCCGGUGACGCGCUGCGGGAAGAAGAGGCGCGCGCCGCUCGCGUCCCGCCGGCACGGCCUCGUGAGCCCGAAGUCGCACAAUUUAACGUCGGUCCCGUCGAAGAGCACAUUCUCGGGCUUGAUGUCGCGGUGGUGCAUGUCCCGCGCGUGCAGGUGCGCGAGCCCGUUCGCGACGCCCCGCACGAUGCGCGGCGCGGCGCGCCGCACGUCUUGCGGCCGCGCGGCGCCGGCCUCCUGCAGGUUGCUCGUCCCGAAGAGCUCCAUGACGAAGGACAGGUACGUCUCCGACGCGACGACGCCGCGGACCCACACCAAGUUCGGGCAGCCCACCGCGGCGCGCAGCGCCCGGAGCUCGCCCGCGACGUUCCGGAGCGACUCGAGCGACUUGAUGUGGUACUUGUUGAUGCGCUUCACGGCGCAGGGGCGCCCUUCCUUGUCGAUGGCCGCGUAGACCGUGGCGAACGCGCCGGCGCCGAGGUGGUGCCGCAGGACCUGUGUGGAAAUCAAAAUUUACGGCGCGUUCUUGAAUCGUGCGCUGCCUGUCCUCCACGCCAUUGGCGCGACGCCUGCUCGACGGGGUGGCGAUGUGGGGUCCCCACCGCUCGACCGAGCCAGGACGGCCGCGUCGUCGCCGAGAAAUUGGUUGAUUUCCACGCGGCUCGAGACGAAGCCGCCGCCGAUGUGGCCGUUCGCGCGGUCGGCGUCCGCGAUCGGCGGCCCGGGCAUGGCCUCCUCCAGGCCCUCGCGCGCGAGCACCGCCUCGGACCACAGCAGCUCGCGGUGGUGUCUCUUCAGCUUGUCGUACCAGGUGCGGAGCUCGCGGAACUGGACCUGGCUCUGGGCGUAGCGCGCCUCGACCUCGGCGAGGCGCGCGCGCAGCAGGGCCGGGUCCUCGGGCAGCCCGUUCGUGGCGGCGGCCAUUCCCGAUCACUAGCCCCGGAGAUUCCUCGUGCGUGGGAGCUGGGGUCGGCGCGGGCGGCGGGCGCGGAGUGGGCGCUGGCGUGGUCGGGAGUCCACGGCGUGCCGCGCAGCGCGGCAGGGCGGCUCUUCGCUCUUCACGCAGUAUGAAUUGAUUGAAGAACACGAGCAAAAAAAAACGUGGGCUUCAAAACUGGUAUUGAGAUGGUCUGCUGAACCAAUUCCCCCGUCUUGCCCACAUGACCCUAAAACAAGCAAACUCGCUGAUACUCGCGCUUGAAUCUACACCUCGCGCAAAUUGGACCGAGACAUUCCUCCCUGCACUUAAACGACCUCUCCCUACGUCUCUGGGGGGCUGGAGGGGGCUCGAAGGCGCGGCUUGGGCUCCGAGGCGCGCCGCACCGACCCCGCAACAGCCAAACAAAGAGCCUGACGACGAGACACAAACUAGGCCUUAGUAAAAACUGCCUACACACCCAAACGGGUCUGGUCCUUGGCCCCGGCAUCGGUGGCGCCGAAUUUCGCCGACGCGCGGUCGCCGCUGCCGACGCGAGCACACGGGGGAAUCAACGCAAAGAAAAUGGCUACCCAUGCUGUGAACAUCGUCCCGAAGGAUUCAUCUUCGCGUCGGCCGCGUCGCGCCACCGCACCAACGGUAUGAGUGGCGUUCACGCAUGCGCGCCUCCGACGUCCCGCGGGCGACGGAGCCGUCGCUCUCCACUGCGCUGAGGCUCCGCCUCUCGCGCCGCCGGAAAAGCACCCGUCGUCAUUGGCCUCGAGCCAGCUUGCGGCGCAUGAACAGCCGUCCCUACCCCAGCGGCCGGCGGACUUGUCUUGUCUCACCUCCCGUGGGAGGCAAGCUGCUGCCUUUUCCCCGCCGCGUUGGCUGCCCCACGGCAGGCGGCAGUCAGAGCAACGCGCGCACGCGCGUACUGCCCGGUGCACCCUCCUCCGGCCGCGCCAGAGCUCAACCAUUUAGCUGCUCAUCAUCUCACGUCCGAUCACUCCCGUACUUUGACGCUUCAACGACUCGCGCAAAUUGGACCGAGACAUUCCUCCCCGCACUCAAACGACCUCUCCCUACGUCUCGGGGGGGCUGGAGGGGGCUCCGACGGUUAUGGUGGUGGACCGGGUGUUUAGAUUCAAGUUACGAUUAUGGACAUCGGGGUCAGCGAGAACCAAGGGUCCGCACGAGACCGCGUCUAAUUGUAUGGGGGUCGGUCGAUGGGGGUCGAUUCUAUACACGUAGUAGGAUUUGAUUGACGAUGAUUCGAAGAUAUGGGAUCCGGUGACAUGUGCAUGUUGUUUCUACAUGGAAUUGAGGCCCGGUCAGAGCUCGGUCACGACCGUCUCGGUCGUGAGGCCGUCGCGGACCGCGGCCGCUGUCGGGCGCGCGGACGGGUCGAGGCGCAGCAUGGCGCGGCACGCGCCGGCGACUUCGGCGUUGGCGGCGUGGCGCGCCACGAGCGCGCCCAGCGCCGUCGCGCCGUCGGCGAGGGCGUCGACGAUCGGCGCCAGGACGCCGCAAAAAUGGGCGUGCACGUCCGCGCCGUCGUCGGCGCGGCGGUCCUGCAUCAAGGUGCCCCGCUUGUACUCCGUAUUGUAGGCCACGAACCACAGGGCGUCGAAGUCCGGCGUGCCGAUCAGCACCUCGAGGGCCAGCACGCCCGCGCUCCAGACGUCGGCCGGCGGGCCGUCGUAGCCCCCGGGAUGGAGCAUCUCCGGCGCGAAGAAGCCCAGGCUCCCGGUCACGCGCUGCCUGUGUGAAAAUCAGAUUUCGGACGCCCCACGCCAUCGACGCGACGUCGUCGCCGUAACUACUCACUGGUUGAUUUCCGCACGGCGCGCUGCGGGAAGCGGAGGCGCGCGCCGCUCGCGUCCCGCCGGCAGGGCGUGGUGAGCCCGAAGUCGCAGAGCUUGACGUCGGUGCCGUCGAACAGCACCUGUGUGGAAAUCAAUUUUUUUACGGCGCGUUCGUGCUGAAUCGUCGCGUUGUCCUCCACGCCAUCGACGCGAUGCCUGCUCGAUGGCGUGGCGAUGCCGAUUCCUUGCCGCUCGACCGAGCCAGGACGGCCGCGUCAUCGCCGAGAAAUGACUUACUGAAGAAUUGUCGGGUGCACCCGACACACCAGUUGAUCUCCGCACAGAGCAGCACGUUCUCGGGCUUGAUGUCGCGGUGGUGCAGGUGCCGCGCGUGCAGGUGCGCGAGCCCGUUCGCGACGCCCCGCACGAAGCGCGGCGCGGCGCGCCGCACGUCUUGCGGCCGCGCGGCGCCGGCCUCCUGCAGGUUGCUCGUCCCGAAGAGCUCCAUGACGAAGGACAGGUACGUCUCCGACGCGACGACGCCGCGGACCCACACCAAGUUCGGGCAGCCCACCGCGGCGCGCAGCGCCCGGAGCUCGCCCGCGACGUUCCGGAGCGACUCGAGCGACUUGAUGUGUUACUUGUCGAUGCGCUUCACGGCGCAGGGGCGCCCUUCCUUGUCGACGGCCGCGUAGACCGUGGCGAACGCGCCGGCGCCGAGGUGGUGCCGCAGGACGAAGCCGCCGCCGAUGUGGCCGUUCGCGCGGUCGGCGUCCGCGAUCGGCGGCCCGGGCAUGGCCUCCUCCAGGCCCUCGCGCACGAGCACCGCCUCGGACCACAGCAGCUCGCGGUGCUGCCUCUUCAAUUUGUCGUACCACGUCCGGAGCUCGCGGAACUGGACCUGGCUCUGGGCGUAGCGCGCCUCGACCUCGACGAGGCGCGCGCGCAGCAGGGCCGGGUCCUCGGGCAGCCCGUUCGUGGCGGCGGCCAUUCCCGAUCACUAGCCCCGGAGAUUCCUCGUGCGUGGGAGCUGGGGUCGGCGCGGGCAGCAGGGCCGACUAGCCCAGGAGAUUCAUGCGUGGGAGCUGGGGUCGGCGCGGGCGGCGGGCGCGGAGGGGGCGCUGGCGUGGUCGUUCGGAAGGGCAGGCUGGACGCCACGGAGUGCCGCGCAGCCCUGAAGGGUUAUUUGGCCUCUUCACCCAGUAUGAAUCGAUUGAAGAACAUGAGUGAGUAA